AUGGCGUGGCCCUGCAUCACCCGCGCCUGCUGCAUCGCCCGCUUCUGGAACCAGCUGGACAAAGCCGACAUCGCCGUCCCUCUCGUUUUUACCAAGUACUCGGAGGCCACCGAGCAUCCCGGUGCUCCCGCGCAUCAUCUGCCUCAGCCUCCUCCUUCUCGCCCCUCUGCCCCCAUCGAAACCCAGCCCGCUGGGGAGGCAGCGGCGGCAGCGGCGGGGGUUGGAGGUGCGGGGGAAGCGGCUCCCGGUGCUACCCGCCCCGGGCCGGCUCCCCACGCCUCUCCCCCGGCUGAUUCGGUGAUGCGACACGAUUACAAACCCUGGAAGGUGCAAAGACCGGAACCCAGCUGCAAACCCAAAAGCGAAUACCAGCCUUCGGAUACCCCCUUCGAGAAGGAGACCCAGUACCAGAAGGAUUUCCGUGCCUGGCCCAUCCCUAAACGCGGGGAUCAUCCUUGGAUCCCUAAACCAGGACCUUCCCCGGUCCUUGCCCUGGACCGCGGUUCCCCGGAGAAACCAGCUCAGGAGAAAAGACGGAAGGUUCUUCCCGAGAAGAAAGAGGAAGAUGCGGAGGUGGAGGAUGAGCAACCCAAAGGGAUCCGGGCCGGGGAUGGGAGAGAGAAGGGUCGGAAGAAGGUAGAGGAGGCGGGCGGGGGCAGGGCGGCCGCCGAUGCUCUCAACAGGCAGAUCAAGGAGGAGGUGGCGGCGGGGGUCAGCUCGUCUUACAGAAACGAGUUCAGACCCUGGGUAGACGUCAAGCCUGUGAAAGCUAUCAAAGCAAAGCCCCAGUACAAGCCACCAGAGGAGAAAAUGACCCACGAGACCAGUUACAGUGCCCAGUUCAAGGGGGAAACCAGUAAGCCCACUCCAGCUGACAACAAAUACCUGGAGCGCAGGAGGAUACGCACCCUCUACAGUGAACCCUACAAAGAACCACCAAAGGUGGAGAAACCUACUGUAAAGCCUUCCAAACCAAAAAAGACCACCACAAGCCAUAAACCCCUGAAAAAGGCCAAAGACAAGCAGAUUGUAUCUGGCCGGGCUGCCAAGAAAAAGAGCGCCGAGACCUCCAACACAGCAAAGCCAGAGGACAAGGAGAAAAGUAAAGAGAUGAACAAUAAACUGGCUGAGGCAAAAGAGUAA